AUUUCGGCGCUCUCUGGCUGGGAUUAUCACUGCGUGUUCGAUGUGCUGCUGGAAUUCAUUCGCCACGACUUGUUGGACAUGAUCUCUUUGAUGCUUCCGCGCGAGGGCGCUUUGCUUUUUGCUAUCAGGGACCUGCUGACCUCACUUAAAUGCGACGCCGGCGAGUGUAUCUUGUCCGGCCAGUUCCUGGAUCAGCAUCGAAGCACUCAGGAGCUUUUGGUGGCUAACGUGAAUUUCGUUCAGCGGCUACUUGUCAAUUCCAGGGUCUUGGCUUCCUUUGCUUUGGCCUCCGGGGCCGGACGUCACGGCCUGAUCUGGCUGCAGCAGCAGUUUCAGCUGGUGGACAAGGACUGGGUCUUCAGGGAUCUCGCUCCCGUGCUUUUGAGCGCUGGGGUCACUUCACUCGAUGCCGUUCGCGAGCAGCGCGAGGCUUUGAUUGAGGCCGGGGUGUCUCCGCAGCAGCUUCAACAUUUGCAGGGCGAUGACAGCUCUUCAUCGGUCGUGCCUCAGCCCGAGAGACGCAGCGACUUGCCCGUGGUGCAUCAGAGGAAGCGAGCUAGUUUCCAGGCCUCCGUGGAGGCGGCUGCCCCAGACAAGCGAGCUGCUACCUUGCGACGAUUGCAUGAGGAUUUUACCGCACCCUCCACUGUGGGCCCACUUAACAGCCGAAUCCGUACAUGGUGUGAGUGGAGCGCUGCGUGGGAGGUGGCGCCUUUUUUGCUCACAUUUCAGACGAUUAGCUGUUGUGCAGCGAGUAUGAAAGCUGGAGCAUACAGAAGUUGCUCGCAAUACUUCAGCGCAGCUGUGAAACACCAGGAAAGGACGCUUCGAGUGCCCGUAGACCCCAGCUUGAAAGCUCUCAUUCGUGACUGCAAAAGGAGUAUCCUCCGGGGGCUCGGACCCGACCAGUUGAAAGAUUCCUUCGAGGUCCCGAAGCUUCGGCCUUUGAUACCGUCGUCCAGCUGGGGCACGGCUCCCUGGGAUCCGAGCGAUGUGCAGUCUUGGCUUGAUGCAAUGAUCAUAAGCCUUUGGUUUAUGUUCAGAGAAGUGGAGCUAGCUGCAUUGCGCAGGGGCCACCUUUACCUGGAGGAUGGUCAGGUUGUCGUUUUGAUUGCCAGCGAGAAGAAGGUCCUCAGUGGCAAGGCAGCACGCUUCGCCUUCCCGGAUUGUGACGGUAACGAGCUGUCGAAGGCAGCUGUGGUUCGUGGCUUCAGGUUGGUUCUGCAGGAGGCCGGCAUCGCGCUGACACGGCCCGAUGAAAGCGGGCGGCCUUUGCAAAGGUUCCAUGGACACGUUUGUCGUGUCUCCGGAGCCCAGUGGUUGAUCUCUUUGAAUCUGGCCGUGCAUCUAGUGCAGAUACUCGGCCGUUGGAGCUCGGCAGCCAUUUGGAAGUACAUCCAGAACACUCCUCUGUUACAGCUGCCAGCCGCUACAGAGCAAGCUUUGCAUGCAUGCGACGGCACGGUUGGUUCUGAGGACGCGGCGGCAGCUGGGCUCAUUCUUGCACCGGCCACAGAGCAGGCACAGUCGAGCCACAACGGCCCGUCCAUGCAGGACCUGCAAUCCAUUCGCGACGAGAUGGAAGCUCUUAGGCAGGCUGCUCGCCCCAGGGGCGAGACUUUGAUUCAGUCGGUGCGGUCUCGAUUGAUUCAUCGCAUCAAAGUCAAUGAGGACAGCAACCCUCCCAAGAAGUGGAGGUCUGUUUGUGGUUGGCCGUAUGGUGUCAUCAACUUCACGCGUUUGCCAGCUUCGGAAGCACAUGAG